AUGGAAUCAAAACUAGCCAUUACAAUAACGGCCAUGGAAAAGAGCAAGUUGCCUGUAAUCCCUGAGGAAUUCAAAGAAGUUAUAACCGGAAUGACCCUUGGUGAUGGUAGUUUAAUAGGCGCUACCCCUAAACCCCGCCAUCGUACCGAUACAAAACGGGGUUUCUCUUGGACCACUGAUUCAUUCGCUACCUUUACACAUCCUUUCUUCACUGAUCUUCACCUUAAAUGGUAUGUCAAGGAAGAGGGGAAAAAUGUUCAGCCUUCGCCUGCUGCCGGGCCCAAUAUAGCUGACCUUUUAACACCUAUAGCUCUUGCUUACUGGCUCUCAGGGGCCGCUACUUACAAUAAAGCUCAAGGUAUAGUAGUAAUAUGUACCGAUUCUUUUACAGCUGAUGAGUUUCGGGUCUAUGGCUACAUUAAAGGAGCUCGUAGGCCCCCAUAUUUAUCCUACAAUGGGUUACCGAGUUGGACUAUGAUGGUUCUCAGCGAUGGUACACUUGAAAUGUGCGGGAAUAAUGCAAGACUUAAAAUGAAACAAAAGGAUAAAGAAUUCGUCCACCACAUAUGGGACCACUUUAACGAAAUUGGAAUCGUUGGUGCCGAGCCUAAAGAGACCUCCCAGUUUCACUCAAAAAAACAAUGGUACCGAAAGGUGGAAGAAAGAAAUGUUAAGAUUAUACCUUCCAAUAUUGCUGACCUAUUGACACCUGUUGCCCUAGCUUAUUGGCUCGCAGGAGAUUCCCAUUACACUAAAGAACAAUAUCAAAUCCGUAUCCCUAAAAGAGAAAUUCCUAAGGUUCAGUGCCUGGUUUCUGAGCAUUUCCCUCAUUCAAUGCCUAAUGAGGUUGAACUCCUGCGUUCGAUCCUUCUUGAUAAGUUGAAUAUUGAGUCUACUCGCAAUGCAGCGGGUAUAAAAGGGAAAGGUCAGUACAUUAUUCGCAUUCCUAAAAGGGAGGUGGGCAAAGUACAGGAACUUGUUAAACCUUAUAUACCUUCUUCGAUGGCUUACCGAGUGGGGCUCUCUUCAUUUUCUACUGGUGCCUGGGGAAGCUAUUCUGGGCCCUCAGGGCAGCAGAAACCUGUCUGUUCUCCUCAUGGGACUCAGGGUCGUCUCUACUCGACUUCUAGUCCUCAUAGUGCUACUCAGUCUACUAUACCCGUGAAGAGCAUUAAGGGUAAGCUGCCAUCCAAUUCCUCUGUGCAGCCAAUCCCAUGGCAUGAGACUAAAGCAAUGACAAUUGGUCGUAACGUAGUGUUAGCUAUGUUUAAGUACCUUAAGGGUACGAAUAGCCCUGUACUAGACUAUCUACAGAGUAAUGAGCGACUUCAACAUCUGAUUACGAAAGAUCCUAAACCAUCACUUGCUGUGUAUAAUGACACCUCUCAAGGUGACCCCCAAACUGUAGCCCAUCACAGUCAAAGUAUGGCAUCCUUGUUUAACAAUCCUGACCUAAUGCCUUACGCAGGUGUGUACCUUCUAAUGUGUAAUCACUUGAAUACAUUUUACGUAGGAUCAACUUUAGCUUUCUCUAAUCGAAUAAAGAAAUACAGAUCGGAGUACUCUAAGCUCAUACGAAAGGGCUCACGGCUCAAUGAUUUUAAUAGCUUUGUCAAACGAGCAGGAGGGUGGGCCAAUAUUACGUUUGGUGUAGUAGUUACGGAAGUGAACCUGUUACAUGAGUUUGCUAUCAAACACCAGGACUACGUGCUUAACGUCAAUGAGAUAGACAUUCUCAUCAACUGUACUAGAUGGAUAAUUCGUGUUCAGGAGCAGGCUAUAAUCACUGUACUAAAGCCUACUGUUAACAGGGAUAACGUGAAGUUCCUAACUCAAUGGACUCCUAAGAAUGUGGCCAAACCAUCUGAAGCUAACAUCGUAGUAACCACUACUGAUGCAACCACAAAUGUAACUAGACAAGUAGCCAACUCGCUCUUCAAAGGUAGAUUAGCAAACCAGCUAGGAAUAGGCUACAACACAUUGAUAGCACAUCUGAAUAAUGAUACUACAGUUUGGAGCCCUACAUUCGGUUUUGUCGUUUCAAUACGGGAAGAAGGAGCUACAGUGGCACCACGACCAUUAGGCCCAACACUUAAUACCAAUGCUAUUCAGGACGUGGACAUUGAGAGUCUUCCAGAUGGGAUUCAUGCAUUACACCAGGAUAAGGAAACGGUACAUGAUACCUACCCUAGUCCUGCUCAGGCAGCUAAGGCCCUGGAUAACAAAGUAGAGUUUAAGUACAUUGAACGGUACGUUAAUAUGGAAAAACCAGUGGCUACUACACAAGGUACAUUCUUCUUUGUCAAGAACCCUAACUACGUUGUGGCUACUAACGUCCAAUGGAGAUCGAACAACCCCAAAGGUACGUCAAGUGGCAUUGUAAGGCAUGAAGAGAUAGUCCGACCUCUCAAUCCUAUUGCACUCUUAGGAAGAGAGGUUGACGUUGACCCUAGUAUUACUAUCAAGGCUGUUGGUCAUCAAUGGUUCUGGUCCUAUGAAUACAGUGAUUAUGCUGACGAGUUUGGGGAAAGCAUAGAGUUCGACUCAUAUAUGGUUCCCGAGACCGAACUGGAAAAGGGAGAUUUACGUUUAUUGGAGGUUGACAACCGGGUCGUUGUUCCUGUUGGGUUUCCUAUUCGCUUUAUUGUUACCGGUGUUGACGUGAUCCACUCUUUUGGUGUUCCUUCUCUCGGUAUUAAGAUGGACUGCCUGCCGGGGCGGUUGAACCAAACUGGUGUCCUCAUCAAUCGUGAAGGUGUCUUCUAUGGGCGGCCUACUCAGCAGGCUAGGCAACCAACAAAAAAGCCAAACCCCGCUCGUGCUUCUGCGGCCUCCUACUCAGGAAGAUCUCUCUCCUUCCGCAGAGGCUUUCCUGUUCGUUCUUUGUCUUCCAACUCUACGACUCAUGUUAAUGUUCACGACUCUACUGAAGACCCUAAUCCUUUGUUUAUACUAGGGAUUACCGAAGCUGAGGGUUGUUUUGACAUUCCAAUUAUGAAUUCUAAGACCAUUAAAACAGGAUUUAGUAUAGGUGUUGAGAUGGUCGCUAAUAAGCAGCAUCUAACUGCAGAAGGGGUCUAUUCAUUGCGAGCCAUAGCUCAAGCUAUGAAUACGGGCCGCGAGACCCCGGAGGGUUACAGACCGGAGCAUACUGUCCCUAGCAGCUCUAACUACAUUCCUCUUGAUCCUAAUGACAAUUCUGGCUUUGUCACAGGUGAUGGGUGUUUUUCCCUCAUUGUGAAGAAUGAUUCCCCUCAUUUUGGAAGAGCAUACUUCGCUAUUGACCAAGCUACUACAAACCGACCACUCUUAGAGUCAAUGUUGCCACUCUUAGGUCUUCCGGGACAAACUCUUCGGCCAAAUGGUCCAGAUAAUCUAAGAAUCUCCACUCAAAAUAGAGCCACUAUUAUAGAGGUCAUUCUUCCUUUCUUUGAAAAGUAUCCACUUUAUGGGGCUAAACGAAUAGCUUUGAUGAAACUCACUGCUGUAUUGGGUCUUAUCGAGUCGAGUAUUCCCAAAGAUUCUAAGCAGCUACGGUGGACACCUGAACUCAAAGCUAAGGUGAAAGCUAUUUGGUCUGACUAG